AUGACGGAUGCUGGCCUGGCCAACGGGACGACAACGGCGGCGCCCGACUUGCUGUCGGCGGGCAAUGAUACAGCUGCCUCGACGACCAUGUCCAUGGAUGCUUCGACGACGGUUGCCUCCACUACCACUACUACCACCACCACUACUACUACCACUACGACUACCACGACUACCACACCGUUUGAUCCUACCCCAUACCUUGUCGACGGUGUUCCGGCCUCGGUGGUGCUGGAAUGCAUCAGCAGCACGGGCGACGAGCCCAGCCGCCCCCCUGUCUUUGAUGUCAUGGCCUUUGACACGUGCAGCCAGCAGAACUUUGAUGUGGACUUUGUGGAGACCCGCCACCAGGGUGCUUGCGUGUUGGACGUACGCUAUGAGCGACGCUGGACCAGCAAGGAUGAAUGCGGUAACGUGGCCGAAGCGGUUCAGAACAUUACGAUUGUGGACCGCACGGCGCCGGUUCUGGUGGGUGAGCCCACACCACUGAUGCUGGAAUGCGACCGCAGCGACAAUGAACAGACGUUGCGUCGUUGGUUGGCCUCGCACGCGGGACGUACGGCCGAGGACGUUUGCAGCAUUGAUCUGACGUGGACGCAUGAUGCCAACGUGACAGCGCUGCUGGAGAGCAACAGCUGUGAUGGCUCGGAGCAGACGACGGUGACGUUUGUGGUGUCGGAUCCAUGCGGCAACUCGAUCAACUUUACGAGCUGGGUGGCCAUGAAGGACACGACCCCGCCGCUGGUGACGGUUGCGGCCGACUAUGUUGUGGACGAGUGCAAGGCGUCGACGCAGGAGGCCAAGUUCCAGGCCUACCUGAACAACAACGGACAGUCGAUGGCGGUGGACGCUUGCGACACGACGCUGGAGGUGACGCGGUCGGUGCAACGGCAACUGCUGUGUCAGGCGACGUUUACGGCCAGCGUCAACUUUACGUACACGGACGACUGCGGCAACGCGGUUGUGGUGCCGACGGUGUAUGUGGUGUCGGACACGCGGCCGCCGGUGCUGACGCUGGCGGGCAAGGCGGUGACGACCCACGAGGCGACGUUUGACUGGGAGGACCCGGGAGUGGCAUCGGCCAUGGACGACUGUGGCGGUGACGUGACGGAUCAGGCACAGCUGGUGAACAACCUGGAUGUGCUGGUGCUGGGCGUGCAGCAGAUCAACUACACGGUGACGGACGAUUGCAACCAGGUGGGGCAUGCUGUGCGGCGGGUGACGGUGCAGGACACGCUGCCGCCGUCGCUGUCGGUGACGCGUGCGGGCGUGGUGCGUCUGCGCCAGGGCUCGAGCUACUUGGUGCCGGAGGGCGCGUCGGCCACGGAUCGCUUUGACGGCGUGCUGGACAGCGAUGCGUUUUCGUACAUUCCGCGCAACCUGUCGCGUGUGACGCAAAGCGUGGGCACGCGGGUGGUGUCGUUGGUGGCGACGGACUCGUCGGGCAACCGGGCACUGGGGCCUCUGCAGACGGUGCAGGUGCUGCCUGCGCUGGAUCAGUCUGAGAAGAGCGGGUACAUCCAGGUUGAGUUUGACACGGACCUGAGCGUGCAGGAGGAUUCCGAGGCGGUGAUUGCGGCCAGUUUCCUGGUAGCCAUUGAGUCGAGCAAGCUGGAGUCUGAGAGCGCGCUGGGCGAUGCCCUGUACGCCCUGGACGUGAACGUGUAUGAGAAGCCCGUGUGCUGGUCGUACCACAGUGGGCUGGCGGUGUGCCGUGUGGACACGCUGGACUCGUCUGAGGUGAGCCUGGAUCUGGUGGCGAACAUGGAGGGCGUUGCGGCUGUCAUGCCACGGGCCAGUCCUGUGCAGGCGUUCCAUGUGGGACUGAGUGCACGGCACUCGGUUUCGACGCGAGCGGCGAUGCUGGCGCGUUUGAACGUGAUGACACGAACGGAUUUGGAGUGCCGGCACGGAUUGUGUGAGUACCUGGUGGAGCGAUCGGAGGUGUUGCAGCCGGUGCCGGUGAUGCGCGCCCACCCACGCUCGCGAGUGACGCUGUCGGCCAAGACGCUGGGCGUGUGGUGGCCGAUUUUGCGGGACACCUGA